AUGACUAAAGCACCCCAGAAUCCACUCCAGAUACCAGAGCUACGUGCUCGGAUUGCACUGUACGUCUCCGUCAAGGAUGCCAUCGCCUGCACUCAGGUUUGCAAGGCCUGGACAGACCACUUUGUGUAUCCCAUAUGGCACACCAUCGACUUUUACAAGCAAAUGGAUCUUUACCAUCUCGGUCAAGACGCUCUUCGAAAAUAUGGACAGUACAUCCGCAUCGUCAAGAACCUCACAGAAGAGUCCGACCUGAGCAUCAUCCUCUGGUCACAGGCGUCCCAGCCGGAGCAUCUCACAGUGGUUGUGCAAGAUACGGCACGCUUCUAUAGAAGUUUCUACGACAUCCUCCGCCUGACCAACUCGACUUUGAGGACCCUAAAUAUCUCGUGCUCGUCAUUUCCAAGCUCCAACAUGUUUUUCUCGGUCGAUGCACUGUUUCCCACUGGUGGUGCCAAAGUGACUUCAAAGCUUUCAUCUCUCACUAUCCAUGGUCUGCAAAUCACACGCAAUGGAUUCUCAGCACUGUUGCGUCUAUGUCCUCUUCUCACCAUGUUGGACAUGAGCAACACUGUCAUUCGCAACAACAACACCUUCAACCCCUUUCAGCAUCAUAAAUUACAUGAACUAACCGCCUCGCUCGAACAAGUAUUUCAGCCGGAUCCCAGUUCGCCCAACGCGCCGUCGCUUCUUGUUCACUUCCCGGCACUCAAAGAUUGGGAAAUACCACAGUCAAGAUUGCCGACAACCACCUCCAUUGAUGCCAUCGCCCCUGACGGAGAUCUUCAUCGAUCACAAACAAGUUCUUUUGAUGUGAUCAUGGCGAUGACUUUUCACAAAGAUAAGCUAGAAGUGGCCGGAUCCUAUUAUCCACUUAAUCUUUUCGAAUCAGACGAAGUUCCUCAGUUGGAGGUCCAGUUCCAGGAACACAGCUGGGCCAUUCUGGCGCUGCCUCAGAACUGUGCCCUAUUAACGACUCUCCUUUCUCCUUUACAUCAUAUUGAUAUCGAUGCUAUUGAAAAGGUGAGAUGGACCUGCAUGGACCUGAAGUUACUCUAUAUCAGAAUCAGUGGUCUUGACACCGAAGAGAAGAUCGAUCGUACGGUCCAGUUGUGGCUGGAUGGAAGGGAGCUCCUCGAAAAGAUGGGGUCUGGAGAGGGUGGCUCGUUUAUUGCCGAGGACACUUCAAUCGAGGCACGAGUUGCGCGCCAUCUUUUGCAGUUCAAGAAGCUGCAUAGACUCUGGUUGAGACACCAGAUCAUAGAGGUAGAGCUGUAA